AAACUCUCCCAAGUUCUCAACUCAAAGUCUUACUUAAUAUUACAAAGACCAAAACAAUGGCCUCCGUUGAGAUGAAGAAGAUAACACUAAAGAGCGACGACGGUGAGAUCUUUGAGGUGGAGGAGGUUGUGGCCAUGCAGUCACAGACCAUCAAGCACAUGGUGGAGGACGACUGCGCCGAUGGCCCAAUACCUCUGCCGAACGUGACUAGCAACAUCGUAGCGAAGGUGAUCGAGUACUGCAAGAAGCACCAUGAAGAGGAUGCUGAUGGCGAGAAGAACAAAGAGGACAUUAAGAACUGGGAUGUUGAGUUCGUGAAGGUGGACCAGAGUACUAUGUUUGACUUAAUCUUGGCUGCAAACUAUCUCAAUAUCAAGGGCCUGCUAGAUUUGACUUGCCAGACUGUGGCGAACAUGAUCAAUGGAAAUACACCUGAAGAGAUCCGUGAGAUCUUCAACAUCAAGAAUGACUUCACGCUUGAGGAAGAAAAGGAGGUUCGUAACGAGAACCAAUGGGCAUUUGAGUGAGAGAGUUAAAGAUCCCCUGCAUACCUGUUAUUAUUACAUA